CACUCCUAUCUCAAGGCUCAAGCAGCACUGAGCUAUGACAUGGUGGGGUUUUUCAAUUCGGUAAAUCAUCGGAUAUGCAAGUAAAUGCUCACUUUAACAAAAUCGCAUCCUCUUUUGCCAUCAGCUACAACUUUUUUUUUUUUUUCAAGAAAUAUAUAUUAUCAUCAGAUAUUUGAUCCGAAGAGCUCACUAAGCUCAGCCAAUUAUUCAAAAUGGCUGAGCUAUGUCGCGCUGCGCAAGUCGCCUUUCGAUCGACUUCCUUAUUACGAACAGCCACGCCGAGAUGGUCUUCAUUCCCGUUAUCAAAUUUACCCACACCUUCGACAACCAAAAUACGACAAAUAUGUACAACCCCGAUUCUUAGAUCAGCUGGGGAGGCCUAUGCCCCUACUCCCAACUGGUACAACAAACUCGAUAGAGAAACACCACCUAAGUCGGCAGAAGAAGUCGAGAUCAAGAAGCCCGUCAUGGAUGUUUAUGAAGACCCUUACCUUGGCGAUUUCAGCGUUGCGUUUGACAGUGGCGAGCUUCGCAAUAAGCCCAUCGAAGACCGACCGGCCCCUGCGCGACCCACCCUACGCCUAGUUCCCCGAACUGGUCGUACAAUUCAUGUUGGCCGGAAUGUCGAUGUUGCGAGAUCCUUCAAGCUUCUGGCCAUCCAGGUAGCCCAAAACAAAUUGCGGCAGGAUUUCCAGCUUCAAAGAUUCCACGAGCGCCCUGGUUUGAAGCAGAAGAGGCUGAAGAGCGAACGGUGGCAAAGGAGAUUCAAGAAGGGCUUUAAGGCAUGUGUUAGUAGGGUCAAGGAAUUAACGAAUCAGGGAUGGUAAAAUAUCCUAUCCAGCUCACACUGUACAAUAUAUCCAUCGAUUCCGACCAGAUAUUUCUCAUUGUCUCAGAUUCCAAGGUGACCCAGAUCUUACAAGGCGCAUCAUCAUGAAAUCUGCCCUUUCAUGGAAGAAAAAGUUCGUCUUUAUUAUUCAUCUUUGACUGGUCGGCCGGAUUGAUACUAGG